CAUAGUUUUUGAGGAGUUGUUUCACACACGAGAUUUCUUCUUUUCUGCUGUUUCGGACAAGCUUUUUCAUCAAUUUUUCUGCCGCUUCUUCACACGGAAAUUCCAUCCGAAUCGGAGGGGGCGUGACACGAGACGGUUUGACCGCAAGAAAGUGUGUAAUAAUUUUUCCUCACACAAUUCCAUUCCGCGUCCUCUGGUUAGCUUGCUCGUUCCUUCAAUCGUCGUCAUUCAGUUAUGGGCAGUCAUUUUUCGAAAUGUGCUGGAAGGCUCGGCGGAACCACAGCGGCGCCGAUGAGCACAACAGUGCCGCAUGAUCGCACGGAAACUGGGUCGCCGGAAAACGAACGAAAGUUUAAGGUCUACAAAAUUGUGCUCACCGGAGGACCAUGUGGAGGCAAAACUACAGCUCAGGUCCGUCUCGCCACAUUCUUCGAGAAUCUCGGCUGGAAAGUGUUCACCGUCCCGGAGACAGCCACAAUUCUUCUCGGAGGCCGCGUCAAAUUCUCCGAGCUCGACACGGAGCAAUCGUACAUUUUCCAACGCGACUUGCUCGCCACAAUGCACCAAAUCGAGAACACCUUCUUCAAUCAAGCGUCGGCGAUCAAGGAUCGCAAUGUUCUGAUCAUUUGUGAUCGUGGAUGCAUGGAUCCGUCGGCAUACUCAUCACCGGAAGACUGGCAACGGAUGUUGAAGGAUCUGAACUACGAGGAGUUUGAUCUCCGAUGCUCGCGGUACGAUCAGAUUGCUCAUUUGGUGACAGCGGCCGAUGGAGCCGAGAAGUACUAUACGCUUGCGAAUAAUGCCACGAGAAGUGAAGGAGUCAGUCAUGCGAUGGAGUUGGACAAACGGACAAGAUCCGUUUGGAUUGGACAUCCGUAUAUGGAUAUUAUCGAUAAUAAGAACACUUCCACAUUUGAUGAUAAGGUCAACAAGUUGAUUCAGGUUGUAUGUGAUCGUACUGGAAUCCGCUCAGGAGACCGUCUGGCCAAAGAUUCAAAGAAAAGAAAAUGGCUGGUGUCAGCUGUCGACUGGAAAAAUUUCGGCAAAUUCGAGGAAUUCGACAUUGAGCACUUCUACUUGCUCUCCGACGAGUCGAAUAUUCAACAUCGAUUCCGUCGCCGUACUCAGAAUAAUCGAUCUACCUACACACUAACGUCACGGGAAUACUUUAAAGAAUCGAAAGAUUCGAUUGAAACACGAAUGAAUGUGCUCUCUCGGGACUAUAACACGUACGCGAAUAUGCGGGAUAAGAGCCGUGCGUCGAUCUACAAAAAGCGGCGGUGCUUCAUGUAUGGGAAUAUGUACUUUAAUAUGGACAUCUACAGUGAUCCUCUCCCGCCACAGGCCAACGGAAAUCAUUUGAUCUUCCUGGAGACGUAUACGACGGUUGUCAAGGGAACACCACUGCCCGAAGGAUCGAUGCCGCCGUUUUUGACUAUUGAGAAGGAAAUCACCGGUGACAGUCAAUACUCGAUGUACUCGCUCUCGAAAUACACGAAAGUUGCCAACAAGAAUGAGUUCGCCGGAGCCGACAAAUAUAAGGAUGAUUGAGAGCAUUUUUCCCCUCGUUUUUCCCCCCGAAAAAUCAGUAUUUUUCUAUUUUUCCUCGAUUUUCUGAUGAUUUUUGUAGAAAACUCUUAAAUUUUUUGCUGAUUUUCUCGAUUUUUUUUCUAAAUUUUCCUCCAAAAAAUCCCUCACGGUGCUUUAAUCUUUGUUUUACUUUUUUUCAGUUUUUUUAUUUUAUUUUUUUCCACAAAACUCCCCCCAUCCCGAUCCCGCCGCCGAUAAUAUCACAAAAAUCUAUGUGUUCACUUUUCCAAUUCGUCAUUCACUUUUUUUAUAGUUUUUAAAAUCAUUUUUCUGUCUUUGUUAUCUGUUUUUUUUUACUUUUUCUUGCAUUUUUCCACCCUAAAAAUUGUGUUCCCCCGUUUAAAUUAGCGUAUCCUCCCAGAUUUUUCAUCUAAUGAACUUAAACGACUUGUCCCCCCAUAAAAAACAAUUUUUCGCGUUUUUUUUGUAAUUCAGGUGAACGUUUUUGUCAAUUUUUGAAUACUUUUAAAAUUGUAUUUUUAAAUCAAUAUUUACCGGAAAUUUUGAAAAA